AGCUGAGAGGGAGAAGACGCUUCCAUUCUUUUAGUGCAGUGGGCUGAGGCAAAAAGGCCAUUGUAAUGGUAAAUCGCAUGCAGAAAGGAAGAAAAGACUGAUAAUCAAUCACAAAUGAAGCAUUCGUUUGGAUUUUGGCAAUUUACUGGCCAGGAGCUUUUAAAUCCAUAAACUUUUUCUUUUUUUUCUUUUUUCUUUUUCUUAUUUUUUUCAUUUUUCUUAUUUCUUUCUUUUUUGCCCCCAUCUUUAAAAGCAGUUUUGAUCUGCCGAAGGGAGGAAGAUAAAUCUUUACCGAGCUCUCAUGCCCAGAGUACCUGGGAACGGGGAGAGCUCAGUGCUGAAACUAAAAUCCUGGUGGAGAAGCAGCAUGGUGAAAUGUUGGUGGGACUGUUUUUAACCCAUCCCCUUGGACUCCGGCUCUGAAGCAGAACUUUCCACCUCAGGCUCUUCCUGUUUCUCGUAUUCAGGGAUGACUUGUGGCGGGCUUCUGGGGAUUUUGAUUUCCAACCUGGUUGCUCUGUGACUGCCUGAGGGGGUUUUUUGUUUGCCUGAGUAUGUGAUUAGGACAGAUGAGGAUGUUAGACAACAUUAACACCAGCAUAUCCCCUUCAGAGUGCAGCAUCACCCACAAGGGAAGAUACAUCUACCUGGAGGCACUGCUGCACGGAGGCGCUCCAUGGGGAUUCACGCUGAAGGGCGGGCUGGAGCACGGAGAGCCAUUAAUCAUCUCAAAGAUCGAAGAGGGAGGAAAGGCAGAUUCCCUGCCUUCCAAGCUGCAAGCUGGUGAUGAAGUGGUGAACAUCAAUGAGGUGGAGCUGAGCAGCUCCAGGAGAGAGGCCAUCUCCCUGGUGAAAGGUUCCUUCAAGAAGCUGAAGCUUGUUGUCCGCAGGGACACCCAUGCAGCACAGGGAUGCCCAGAGCUGUCUCCCAGCCCGCUCCACCCGGACUGCGUGACCGCUGACUUCCAGCCCAGCAAAGGCACGUGGGCAGCAGGAGUCAAGUUACGGCUGAAGACCAGGCGGAGUGAAACUCCAGGCCGACCUCACUCCUGGCAUUCAACCAAACUCACAGAGAACCAACCCGACCCCAGCAUGAUGCAAAUAUCUCAGGGUACGCUUGGCACCCCUUGGCAUCAGUCCUACCACUCCAGCUCCUCCACCAGCGAUCUCUGUGCAUACGAGCAUGGCUAUCUGAGGAGGAGCCCUGACCAGUACAGCUCCCGAGGCAGCAUGGAGAGCUUGGACCACUCCUCCCCCGCCUACCACCCUUGCCACCUGUCCCCGGCCAAAUCCACCAACAGCAUCGACCAGCUCUCCCACCUCCACAGCAAGAGAGACUCUGCCUACAGCUCCUUCUCCACCAACUCCAGCAUCCCCGAGUACCCCGUGGCUCCAUUGGGCAAGGAGCACUCGUGCUCCCCAGACAGCGCGCAGUGCCGCGGGGGGCUGCCGGAGGGCAUGAGGCAGGCGGACAUCCGCUACGUCCGGACGGUGUACGACGCCCAGCAGCGCAUCUCCCACGAGUACGAGGUGAAGCCCUCGGCCCUGCUUCCUGACGCCCGGGGCUCCCUGGACGGCCGCGGCAGGCUCCACGCCUUGGGCCGGCACAGCACGGCCUCCUCCUGGGCACAGCCAGCGCAGCAGGGCCCCUCAGACAGCAAGAGCCAGCCCUCCAAGGGACCGCCCCUGCCUCCCACUCGCAGCGACAGCUACGCAGCCAUCCGGCACCACGAGAGGCCCGGCUCAGGCACCGGCCUUGAGCCCAACAAGCCCGGCCGGACCCAGCCGAAAGGGGCCUGGACACCGCUCAUCAGUUCCCCGUCCCAGGGGCCAUUGCUGAAACCGCCCUUCGGAGAAGGGCACCUGCACACCGUGGUGGAGAAGAGCCCGGAGAGCAGCCCCACCAUGAAGCCCAAGCAGAGCUAUUCCCAGGCAGCCCAGCCAGGGCAGCCCCUGCUGCCCACUGGUGUCUACGCCGUUCCCUCCCCAGAGCCGCACUACGCCCAGGUGCCCCGGCCUUCUGCCAGCAGCACCGGGACGCUUUACCCAGCUCUGGCCAAAGAAAGUGGGUACUCCCCAGCCCUGCCGGUCUCUUACGACAAGGCCGUAGCCAGUGGCACCCUGGGCUUGGAUGAGAAUGGAAACCAAAGCACUACAAACAAGUCGACCAUCUUCUACCAGCCCCCUGCCUCUGAGAGAAAGCACGAAGCCAAACUCAUCCAGCAGAAACCUCCCAGCAUAGCAGGCCCAGAGCUCUGCCUGGCUGUGUCACGAAAGGAGGAGCUGUUACCCCUUAACAAGGCAGCACACAACCACCGAGAGACCACAGGUACCACACAGGCCUCCAAGCCCAUUUUCCAGGGUCCACAACCCCAGCUGAGGGAUGCUAGUGAGAGGAAAACUCAUUACCAGCCCAAAGAGGACUGGACACCUGGAUCCCAGGAAGACAAAAAUGGCAACUCACAGGUAAAUGAGAGAGACACUGAUGCUCCCCACCUGUGGGGUCACAGCAAGGUCAAGCAGUACGGCUUCUCUUCCUUGCAGAAUAUCCCAGAGAGCUUCAGGAGGCAAAGCAGCUCUGAGCUAAGGGAGAUGCAACCAGGCGAGGGUUAUUCCAACUGCAAACUCUCCUUCCUGAACAGCAGCAGCAGAGAGGAGAAGGAUCAGAGGGAACAGGGGCACAGACAGUGGAGUGGUGUGGACCCACAGGCCUUCACGAGGCAGGAGGAGGAGGGCACAGGCGGGUCUCCAUUACAUGCUGCUGAGCCAAAGUGCAAAGAGCCCCCUUCUCCUCAGCUCUCAAAGACCUUGGAUUUCGGGAGGAGCCGGCUCAGCUCUAGCAGCACCCAAAGCUUUCCCUACAGCAAACCAGAGGCUGGCAAGCCCCGCUGCUCGGUGCUGGAGAAGGUCAACAAGUUUGAGCAGCGGGAGCAGAGCGUUCCCCGGCCCCAGAGUGCUGGUGUUCCCAGCUUCGGCCAGCACUACGGGCCGAGCAGGACAAGCCAGCCUGCCACCACAAGGUGCUCCGUUCACAGCCCAGAGGACAUGAGGAGCAAGCUGCCCAGUGAGCCAGGCAGGGGCUCCAGCCCGUCCAUCAGGAAUGGGAAGCUGGAAGAGGCUGACUGGUGCCCUGUAGAGCUGCAGAUGGUGGCUUCGGUGAAGCAGGCAAGACCCAGUGAGUACUACAGCCUGUGUCCUGAAAAUGAGGUGCAAAUAAGGGCAGCUCAGCUUCCGCGGAGUAGAAGCACAUUCCAGCUGGGAGGCGAGCCUGAGAAGGAGAUCCUCUGGAAGGAUAACACCCAGGAUGCUCAGGGGUCGCAGCUGGACACGUUGUUUAACAGGGCCUACAGGAACAGCAUUAAAGAUGCCCAGUCCAGGGUGCUGAGGGCCACCUCCUUCCGCCGGAUCAGCCCCCCGUUCGGGAAUGUGCCCAAGAGAGUGCCCCAGAGGCCUGCCUCGGCCCACGUGGGCACGAAGAGCACAGCGGUGUCCCCACACACCCCUAAGGAGAGGCACAGCAUCACACCCACGGAAGGAGGCUUCUCCAGCCUGGACCACACCAGGACGCAGCACGUGCUGCGCAUCGGGGGCCGCAAGCGGCUGACGGCGGAGCAGAAGAAGCGCUCCUACUCAGAGCCCGAAAAGAUGAAUGAGGUGGGCAUGUCAGACGGGGAGCCGUCACCUUUCUCCUUCCAGAAGAAAAGCAUCCAUUUUACCUUCCCAGAGAACACGGUGGCCGACCGGCGCAAGAUCUUCGAGAGGGACGGCAAAGCUUCCUCCACAGCCAGCCUGUCCAAGCCGGAGCUCAAGCAGCUCCAGCAGAACGCCCUGGCCGACUACAUCGAGCGCAAAACGGGGAGACGGCCAUCCUCACAGGACAUCGGGCUGCUCCGGGAGCGCUCCCACAGCUCCUACCUGCAGCUGGGUGGCCCCGACAGCCAGAGCCUUUCCUCUGCCUCCAGCAUGAAUUCCCUCCAGGACCAGAACCUCUACCGCCGCAGAGAGUCUGUAGAGCGGAUAUCCAGGACGGGACGGAUGUCUUCCACCCUUCCCCCUGGGCUGAUGGACUACUUGGACACAAGUGGAGAUGAGAAGGUGCCAGGGCGCCAGGACAGCCUGGUCACCAGCCGGCCCAAACCAGAGAGGUGCCGGGAUUACAGACCCAGAUCGGAUCUCACCAAAGGCACACAGACAGACCCGCUGGGCAUGCAGGGCCAGCCUCACUACAGGAAGCAGGAGCAGGUCUUUGAAACACCCUCCACUGCCAGAAAAUCCGGGAAAUCGGUGUCUGUGGAAGACUUGCUCGAUAGGUUUGACAAUCAGCCAGUCCCUGUGCAUGUACGUUCCAGGUCGUCUCCCACGGCGGAUAAGAAACACCAGGAGCUGCUGAGAAGGGAGAGCAGUGAAUUCGGCCCCAUGGUGAGGGACCCCUUCAGCGUGGUCAGCGCAGGAGCCAGGUCUUUCAGCAAGAAAGAAAGAAGCUACUCAGAGAAAAUGGCGUUCACAAGUUACUAUCCCCACCCCCUCCGCAGCACAGAGGUCGUCGCCGGGCCUGCCGCGCUGGUUGAGAAUCCCAAGCUCUCAGAACUUUCCAGGCCAGAUAGCAGGACUUCUGCAUUUUUCUCAGCCCCAACAGAGGCAAGGAGUCACUAUCCUGAGCAAAAGCAAGGCUUUAAACCCUUGUUCCUUAACCUUACUCCUUCUGGUCCUGGCCACUCUUCUGCUAAUACACCCGCCCAGGCUCCCUCAGACUUCCAGAGCACAGGUGAAAGCCAGGCUCUGAGACAGCACCAUGCCAAACGAGAGGCUGCUCCCCCUGAGGGCAACGGGAGCACUCAGGCACAGCCUUUGGAUGCUGUCCAGGACAGAUCCCCUGAGACUCCGACGGAAGAGAUGAUGUGGAGAAGGAAAGCCGGGCUGCUGCACAGGUCCUUCCCGCCCAAAGUGGUGUGGGCUCAUUCGGCCAAAGACAGCAGUUUCGGGAGGGCCAUGGUGUCUCCUCCGGCGGCCGGGCCGAAGCCCUCCCAGAGGUGGCAGUCCCUGCCCACACAGAGCAGCACUUCCUCUGACCCCGAGACUCCUUCUCCCCAGGGCAUGACCCAGCUCCGGAUCUCGGAGUCGGGGCUGCAGCUCACUCCCCCGCCAUCGCUGCAGGACGAGGACGAUGAGGUGUUUGUCGUGCCUUCCCAAGCACCCUUCUCCCUGCCGCCGCCAUCCCGUCCUCUUCCCGAGCUGAGCUCUUGCACUUCUGCCAACGGCAGGGAGGAAUUCCCACCUCCUCCCCCUCCCGUUGAAGGGAAUGGGGCAGCUGGAGACAAAUCCCCCCGGCUCCUGGAGGAGGCCAGUGUGAGCAGCUUCAAAAGCUUUCCCGAAGCCCUGGCCGAGAGGGAGAUAACAGGGUUGGGCAGCAGCACCAGUGAAAGUAACUGGCCAACCCCGUUAAAGAGGACUGGCUCUCCAUCUGCUGUGGAUCAGCAGCACCAGUCCCCUGCUUCUUCUGAAGGGCCUCAGAGAACUGACAGUCAGCCCACAAUUCAGCCUGAAGGUAAUCCCAGAGAGCCAGCAUUGGAAAAUGCCAGCCUGGACUCCGAGAUAACCAGCACAGCAUCCCCAGUGAAGGUGAAGAGCAAGACCCCAGAGGAUAUUAAGUCAGAGGCUCUAGCAAAAGAAAUUGUCCAUAAAGACAAGUCUUUGGCUGAUAUCCUGGAUCCAGAUUCCAAAAUGAAGACAACCAUGGACUUGAUGGAAGGCAUUUUCCCCAGUGGAACCAGCGUGCUGAAGGAGAACAACAUGAAGAGGAAGAUGUCGCAGACACAAGCCAGCAGGACGGCAGUGGCGGGUGACACGAGAGAGGAAAAGGAAGCUCCUGUCACCCUGAUCACCUGUCCUGCUUACUACAGCGUUUCAGCACCCAAAGCAGAACUGCUGAAUAAAAUCAAGGACUUGCCAGAAGAAAUAGGUGAGGAAGAAGAGCUGCUGGACAUCAAUGAGAAAAAGGCUGAGCUCAUCGGGAGUUUGACCCACAAACUGGAAAUCCUGAAGGAAGCCAAGGAGGGCCUGCUCGCAGACAUUAAGAUGAACAAUGCCCUCGGAGAGGAGGUGGAGCUGUUGAUCAGCACGCUGUGCAAACCCAACGAGUUUGACAAGUACAAGAUGUUCAUUGGCGAUCUGGAUAAGGUGGUGAACCUCCUGCUCUCCCUCUCCGGACGCCUGGCCCGCGUGGAGAACGUCUUGAGCAGCCUGGGGGACAACGCCAACAGCGAGGAGCGGAGUUCACUGAACGAGAAGCGGAAGCUGCUGGCUGGCCAGCACGAAGACGCCCGGGAGCUGAAGGAAAACCUCGACCGUCGGGAACGGGUGGUCUUGGACAUCCUGGGCAACUACCUCUCUGAGGAGCAGCUCCAGGACUACCAGCACUUUGUGAAGAUGAAGUCUGCGCUCCUCAUAGAGCAGCGAGAGCUCGAUGACAAAAUCAAACUGGGCCAGGAGCAGCUCAAGUGCCUGAUGGAAAGUCUCCCCGUGGACUUCACGCCCAGGGAUGCAGCAGCAGCUGCUGCCCUGGCUGCAGCACUCGCUACCUCCUCCGGGGUCAGUGGUAAAACACCUCCAGCAGCCUCCUCCUCACUCUAACCUGCCCAGGUGGAGCUGGGAUACAGCCCUGCCCGAGUGCUUUUGAUCCCAGUACUUGGCAGAUGGUCCUCUUCAAAGACAGUGGACAGAGACAGGUCUAACCCAAGAUUUUAAUGAAGGAAAAAAAAUAGCAAUAAUAAAGGUUUUAUUUUCCUUUCCUUCCACCUCUGCUUCCUAGAAACUUAAAUCAGUCUGGAGGGAAAUCUUAUGCCAGAGAUGAAAAAUCUCACAGGAAUUAAACACAUGACCUUUAAUAAAAAACAUGACCUCCUCUCUUCCCUCCCUUUUCUGCCUACCUGACACCUCAUUAAAUAAUGAAGGAUCUAAAAAUGAAGCCUUAAAAAUAAAACCAACCCAUUUUACUGAACAUUACUGAUAUUUAUAUUUUUUAAAGAACAAGACAGAAUGUGUAAGUUUUUGUACAUACUCUAAUCAGUUACUUGAUUCUACUUUGUUCUGUAUGUAGAAAAGACAUUUAAUUUUGUAUUUUGUGAAAACCUUAACAAAAAGAGGGAACCCCAAAGAUAGUCAUGCAGUAGCUUGAAACAUCUCAUCGUGGUUUUGUUGCCGUUGUUGUGGUUGUUUUUUAAUAUAAUAAAGGGCUACCAGAAGCAGCUUCA